AUGGACCUGAAGGAGGUCCCGUUCAAUGUGCCGGUAAUACUCCAAUCGAUGUGCACCGAAAAAAAUCUGCAAAAUCCUAUCGGGUCCAAGAGUGCUCGUUGCCAGACGGACAAUCGCGACAUAUACGAGCACGUCAUUCUGCACCAUGUUCGUGACGACAAGGUCGCUAUCGAGUCUCGACGCAACGGCCGCUUCUUGCAAGUGCGAACGUCGGGGGAAUGCGUGUUCGAUCCUACGGAACCUGGUGAAUGGGAACUUUUCACCAUGGAGACAGACCUGGAGUGUUCCCUUUUCUUUGUGUCAUGCCACACAGGAAACGUCCUCCAAUGUGUCGAUCCCGGUGUCGUCCAGUGUGCAGAUCAGAAUCGUAAGAGUUGGAAAGCGUGGAGGAUCGUUGAGCCCCGCAGCACGGCUACCACCUCCCAGAUGCAGCAAGAGCUGAAUUCACGCUAUGCUCUGGCUAAUAAGGACCGCGUGAACUUGGUGCUGGAGCUUGCAAAGUGUGGUAAAACAGUGGGAGAGAUCGAGGAGAUCUUGACAAGAUUGUUUGACAAUCUAGCCGCCACAACAACUUCGGGCUCGGCAGUCGCUGUUUCAGUUACAAAGCAGUCGACAUGA